ACCAAUUGCUGCCACCAUGGCCGAGCCUACCUACUACAUCGACGAGGAUGUCGGUCAGGACAUCGCAGAGCAGACGGGCGACGAGUCACUGCCCUACAAGUCUCUUGGAUACGCUGUCCUGACCCGCGGCGAGACAGCCAAGUUUCUUACCCGAAAGAGCGUCACGGGAGAAGUCGCAGAAGGCGCGGAUGCGUCUUCGAGGUUGGAAUGGAAGGAGGUCGCCAAAUCGGCUAUGAAGAAGGCUGUCAACUAUGCAAAGGCGCAAAAGAAGAAGGCCGAGAAGGAGCAGGGUCUGCUUGCCCAGCGCAUGAAGGAGGAGGCAGACCGCAACAAGGUCCUGGAAGAGGCCAAGAAGGUCGUUAUAGAAGAGGACAAGAGCCUCCCACAAGCCAUCAAGAUCAAGCUUGACGACACCAACCCAAAGACCAUCACGCUGGGAGACGGCAAGGACACAAAGGGCACGCGAGUGCGAGUGUUUGGUCGCGUGCACCGUGAGCGAAGACAAAAGGAUGUCAUGUUCGUCACUCUAAGAGACGGUUACGGUUACAUGCAGGUCAUCUUCACUGGUAACCUUGCAAAAACCUACGACGCCCUCACCUUGACUCGCGAAACCAGCAUGGAGAUUUUUGGAGAGCUGAGGCAAAUCCCUGCCGGUGCCCAUGCGCCCAACGACCGCGAACUGCACGCCGACUACUACAAGAUUCAUGAUGGCUGGAGGGCAGCAGGUGGUGACGACGCCAUCACCAACAGAGUAUCAAAGGACACUGAGCACGCGACCCUGCUGGAUCUGCGACACCUCACUCUUCGUGGAGAGACUGCCUCCAAGGUCAUGAUUGUCCGUGAUGCCGUGGAGUUUGCCUUCAACCAGGUCUACAAGGAGCUCCGACUACGCAAGGUCAGCCCGCCGGCGCUCGUCCAAACCCAGGUCGAGGGCGGUGCCACGCUCUUCAAGUUUGGCUACUACAACGAGGAGGCCUACCUUACCCAGUCGUCUCAACUCUACCUCGAGACAUGUUUGCCCUCGAUGGGAGACGUGUAUUGCAUUGAGAAGUCCUUCCGUGCUGAAAAGUCAUUGACCCGCCGUCAUUUGGCUGAAUACACGCACAUUGAGGCCGAACUGGACUACAUCAACUUUGACGAUCUGCUCACCCAUCUCGAGGAGGUCAUGUGCCGCGUCUUGGACGUCACAAUGGCCGACCCCGUCAUCAAGCAAUACAUCAUGGACCUCAACCCCGAGUUCAAACUUCCCGAGCGACCAUUCAAGCGCAUGAAGUACCAAGAGGCGAUUGACUGGCUCGUUGAGCACGAGAUUCCCAACGAAGAUGGCGAGCCCCACAAGUUUGGCGACGAUAUUGCUGAGGCCGCGGAGCGAAGAAUGACGGACAUUAUCAACAGGCCCAUCUUCCUGACGCAUUUCCCCACCGAGAUCAAGGCCUUCUACAUGCUGAAGGACAAGGAGGACCCAAGGGUAACAGAGAGCGUAGACUGCCUGAUGCCUGGUGUUGGCGAGAUUGUUGGAGGCAGCAUGAGGAUGGACAACUUCGACGAGCUAAUGGCUGCGUUUGCGAGAGAGCAAAUUGAUCCCGCGGCAUACUACUGGUAUACGGACCAGAGGAAGUACGGCUCCUCUCCCCAUGGCGGUUAUGGUCUCGGUCUAGAACGCUUCCUUGCUUGGCUGUGCAAGCAACACACUGUUCGGGACUGCUGCCUGUAUCCCCGCUACUUUGGCCGCUGCAAGCCUUGAGCAAGCUUUUGAUUUAGAACUUUUUUUUUCCAUUUUCUGAACUCUUUGUUAACCCGCUGCUUUUUAUGCCGAACAACCCGGGGUACAGUCAACAACACAUGAUUCACGUCACGGGAUCCACACAGUAGCGAGGGCUGAUGCCCUCCACCUAUGCCAGCAAAACAUGGCCUCACGUCACACUACUAGUAGACAAGGCGGUAAACGAAUCAUAGUGCCAUCAUAUC